UGGAAGUCGAAUUGUUAAUCAUUCAAAUCUUUCUUCUUAACAAAUCUUCAACGAAUGACAAACUGUAAAUCAAUCCGCUGAUAUUUUUCUAUAAAAUAGGUUUUCGCUAGGUGAACUUUUUAAAAUAUAAAUAUUGCAAAAGAAGAAGAAGAAGAUAUUUUAUUUGAAAUCGUAUCCACCUACAGUAUUUCUUUCAGCUUAUGUAUCUACCUACUCAAAUUCCUGUUACAACUCUCUAAACUCUGACCAAUUUCAUGACCUCACCAUACCUCUCCUCCCGACACCACUCCCAUAUUUGUAGCAAGCUAUUCGAAACAUAGCUAAACACAAAUCGGUCUCCUUUAGUCAUAUUCAUUCUACAGUUAGUCGGUGACCACCACGAAAGGCGGUGUGGCUGUGACCUUGAUCACCGGCAACGUCCUCGACAUUCCCGUAGGAUAGAGACACGGAGGUGGGUAACGAUGGACGCAGGAUUGGCCGUGGUAGAGUGCGCGAUUGGUCCGAUGGUCUGUCGACAGACAACCGCCACUCCGUUAUCAUCGUCACUGGACGCUCGUGUGUCUUCGAACCUGCAACUAUCUACAGCCAACGCAAACCGUUCUUCAGGGUGUUAAAAAACUAUAAGAGUGUUGAUCGUGACUCGGUUCAUGAACGAAGAAUAUUAUCGGGAUCUUUGUCGAUUGUUCGCGUGUCUUUGAACCUGCAGCUACUAGCACCUGACGCCAACUAUUCUUCUGGACGCUAUAAAAUCAUAAAGGUAUCAUAGACGACGACCUGAGUCACAAAGGAAUACUAUUAGAAUCUUCGUUUCCAUGUCUACGAAUCUGCAGUUACUCGCAACGUGUAUCAUCGUCGAUGCUAUAAAAUUAAAAAAUAUCGUCCAUCGUAACUCAGGUAACAAACAAGGAAUGUUACCAGGGCCUUCGACACUCGUCCACGCGUUGAGUAUGAAGAAAUGUUCCAAACAACACUGAAAAAGGCGCUUGCACGCUUCCCUCGUCAGUUCUCUGUGAUUAAGGAUCCAAGGAACAUUUCACGCCUAGUGUCUCUAACGAGUUCUCGAGUAUUCGCGUACUUUCGUACGGUCAAUAAGACAGUUUUCGGUCUACAGUAUCGCGGUCUUGCGAUUGCUACCUGUUGAUCGUGUCGUCUACACUCGACCAUUGCGAAAUGUACAAAUCGCGAGCAUCCGUUAUAGUCGGUUGAUUUUGCCGGUUGACUGUUGUGGGCAGACGUGCUGCGGUAGUGGUACAGUGAGGACCGCUGACAAGUUGCUGGACACGUCCUGAUGUUCGUCGGAUCGUGAAUUUGUGACUGAGACGACGCUUGUGGUUUUUACUUCGGAACAAGUGCACUGUGAAAGAUCGCCAAUGAACGCAUAUAUUUUUUAACUUCAACGGAUCUUUAAAAGAAUCUCUCUAUCAAGAAUACAUCGAAUCAUGUUGCCAUCGUCGAAGUUGCUCCAGGAGGACCAGCCAGAGCUUGCCAACGCAACCACCACUUCCAGGACUUCAACAAACGGACCCACUACGCAUACAACGAUCACCGUCGAUGACGUUGAAAGAAACGAUGACGAUCCUCCGCCUUACAGCGCGAUUGUUCCACCGAAUCACGUCGGUUGGCUGUGCAACUUUUCAGAAAAUCGGUAUUCCGCGUGCAAUGCAACAUCCUGCAGGACGGACGCGACUCCGUUGGCUGGCUUCCAACCAGGCCUGACGUCGCCAGGUUUCGGUUCUCAUCCCAGGAGAACCGACGGUCAACACGCGUCAAUCUCGGUGCCAUCAAUGCCUUGCAGGCUGUUCAUGUUCGGCUCCCGCAGAUCUUUGUUCGCGAGAGAAAGUUCCACGGAUAACAUCUCCAUAAUCAAGGAUACAGGUGGAAGGACGCGGAAAUACGGCGCCAUUUUGGUCGGUGGAGCGGUGAUCAUUUUCCUCAUGGCCUUGUCGUUGCUGGUGCGGUUUAUUAUGGACAAACAUCUUUGGCGUGGUUAGCCAAGGAUUCUUGAAAGAUGACGAUAAAACGUCUAACGAUCUAGUGCGACGUGUUCUCGAUUUAGACUGAAUCUAGAGUAAGCAUUAUCACGGUGUAAUUCUUCGUCGCAUUGCAGGUGUGAUUAGAGCAUGAUUGUCGUGGAAGGAAAAAACUUCCAGUCCUGUAACUCGUGCGUCAUCUGUUGUACGUACUUUCAUCGUUCGAUUCACCUGCUAAUAAGUGCGAUAUUUAUGCGUAUUUUUGGAAGUAGCAUACGUUUAAGUGCUUUGUUUAAGUUUCAACGUUUCCUUAGAGCCUUUUUUUUUUUUUAAUACCAUACACACGAUCUAUUUUCUAAUUAAAUGUAAUAUACUGCAGUUCUAAAGCAGUAUUAGAUGCACCAUAAGACAAUCUGUAAAUAAUUACUUUCGAAUAUUUAUAUAAACUUUUCUCUACUAUCUAAAUUAGAAUACUUUGUAUUAUCUGUUUUAUAUCGAAGAUUUUGUACAAUAUUUGUGGAAAUAAGAUUGACAAGUUUCGAGAAGCA